AUGAAAAGUCAACAUAUUGAUAAACAAUCAAACGAUUGUCCAGGUAAUCUUAAAUGGAACACAACAGGAACAACAAUCAUUAGUGGUUAUGGUACAGGUCCCAAUCAAUUAAAUUACCCUAACGGUAUAUUUAUCGAGCCAAAAACACAAAUUUUAUAUAUUGCUGAUGUUGGAAACCAUCGCGUGCAAAAAAGAUAUCCAAAUGGCGAAAUUAUUACUGCCGCUGGUGACCCACAUGGGCGAGCUGGGUCAACACCGGAUAAAUUAAAUUGUCCCGUAGAUGUUUUUGCAGAUGAGAAUGAAAAUGUCUUCAUCUCUGAUUGGUAUAAUCAAAGAAUUCAAUUUUGGCAGAAAGAUGCCAAAAGCGGAAAAACAGUGGCCGGAAAUGGAAGUUUAGGUACAGCAUUAAAUGAAUUUCAUUUUCCAACAAGAGUAUUAGUCGAUUCGAAGAAGAAAAUAAUGGUUGCUGACAACCAAAAUCAGCGAAUCAUGCAAUGGACAUUUCCAUAUGAUCCUGAAAAAAAUGUUGGCUCAAUCAUCGCUGUAAGUUAUUGA